UCUCUCUCUCUCCCUCUUUCUCCUCUCUCUUGUAUCGCUAUAAAUUACUACCUUACUUCCUCUCCUGAAUUGGACUUAUCACAAACCAUUUUCAAAAUUUUUAUUCACAAAAAAAAAUAAAAAAUAACAAAGAUGGUGGUCAUUCAAAACAACAACCAACAGGGCUCCUCGUUGUUGUCUAAGAUGGCAACAAACAAUGGACAUGGCGAAGAAUCUCCAUAUUUCGAUGGUUGGAAGGCAUAUGAUAGCGAUCCAUAUCAUCCUACCCAGAAUCCCAAUGGGGUUAUCCAAAUGGGUCUUGCAGAAAAUGAGCUAUGCUUUGAUUUGAUUCCAGAGUGGGUUGUGAACAACCCAAAAGCUUCCAUUUGCACAGCUGAAGGAGCAAAGGACUUCAAGGAUAUUGCUAUUUAUCAGGAUUAUCAUGGCUUACCAGAGUUCAGAAAUGCAGUGGCUAAGUUUAUGGGGAAAGUCAGAGGAGACAGAGUCAGAUUUGAGCCAGAUAGGGUUGUGAUGAGUGGUGGAGCAACUGGAGCUCAUGAAAUGUUGGCCUUCUGCUUGGCUGACCCUGGUGAUGCAUUUUUGGUGCCCACACCAUAUUAUCCAGGAUUUGGUCGAGACUUGAAAUGGCGAACAGGAGUACAACUUGUUCCAGUUGUUUGUAAGAGCUCAAACAAUUUUAAGGUCACCAGAGCAGCCUUGGAAACAGCAUUGGAGGGAGCCAAAGAGGCCAACAUCAAUGUCAAGGGCUUGCUCAUAACCAACCCAUCAAACCCGUUAGGAACUGUCUUAGACAGAGACACAAUGAGAACCCUAGUGAGCUUCAUUAAUGAAAACAACAUCCACUUAGUCUGUGAUGAGAUAUACUCUGCCACAGUCUUCAACCAACCCGAUUUCAUCAGCAUCGCAGAGACAAUAGAGGAAGAAAAACAAUGCAAUCGCGAUCUCAUCCACAUUGUUUACAGUCUCUCAAAAGAUAUGGGCUUUCCUGGUUUCAGGGUUGGCAUUGUUUAUUCGUACAACGAUGCAGUGGUGAGUUGUGCACGUAAGAUGUCAAGUUUUGGGCUUGUUUCAACCCAAACUCAACGCCUGAUUGCAUCAAUGCUAUUGGAUGACAAUCUCAUUCAAAAAUUCAUGUCUGAGUCUGCAAAGCGGCUAGCUAAAAGGCAUGAGCUCUUCACAAAGGGGCUUGCUGAAGUUGGCAUUGAUAGCUUGAAGAGCAAUGCCGGGCUCUUUAUUUGGAUGGAUUUGCGUAGGAUGCUUAAGGAUCCAACUGAGGAAGCUGAGAUGGCACUGUGGCGUAAGAUAGUCCACGAAGUCAAGCUCAAUGUUUCGCCUGGCUCAUCUUUUCACUGCUCAGAGCCGGGUUGGUUUAGGGUUUGCUUUGCAAACAUGGAUGAUGAUACCAUGAGAGUUGCGCUGUCAAGGAUUACGAACUCCAUGCUUCAAACCAAACAGGAACCACCAAGGAGGCAAUGUAGGCGAAACAAUCUUCAAGUCAGCCUGUCAUUUCGAAGGUUGGAUGAGAUUGUGAUGGCACCGCACAUGAUUUCCCCUCACUCUCCUAUUUCUUCACCACUUGUUCGAGUAGGACAUAAAUAGAACAUAAUAGAUCAAUCAAUCAUUAUAGUUAACCAGAAGAACCAUACAUUGUUUGAUUCUUGCAUUCAAUUCACAUAUGCAUUUUCAUUACUAGGGCUAGGCUCAUCAACCUAAUUCACAUAUCCCCUCCCUCCCCUAUUUCUUCACCACUUGUUCUAGCUACUAGAUAGAAUGAAUAAUCAAAUGUUGUAGUUAAUAAAAAGUACGAUACAUUGUUUGAUUUUUGUAUUCAAUUUCGGGCUGCGAUUUGCAAACAAUUGUGACUUCACAAAUGUAUAUGCAUUAGGCUCAUCAACCUAAUUGCCUUCAUCUUUUUUUUAAAUGUUCAUCUUCUAUCUUUUUCAGGUUCUUUCAUGGCCCAAUUCUUUAACAGAUCUGU